AUGCGCCCCAAAAAGCGUCACGGCCACCUCGCCGUCGAAUUUCUCGAGCAGGAGGAAAUACCGGAGCCAGAGCCAGCGCCCGUACUUCGAGCAGGGUCUUUUCGAUUUCUCGACCUCCCGUCUGAGAUACGGCUGCGAAUCUAUCACUUCGUCCUGUUCACUCCGACGCGGAGGAGCGCUUUGAAAAACAAUGCAGGCAGUGUCGGUGCCUCGGCGAAGAAAAGCAAACCAGUAGCGCCCACCUCUCACCGAAUUGCCCUGUUCCUCGUCUCGCAUCGUAUCCACGAUGAAGCCAGUCAUUUUUUCUAUUCGACCCAAAUUUUCCGACUCUUUCCCGUCCAGGAUUUCUCGCGAAUGCCGACCGUUCGCCAACUCCCCCGUCGCCACCGUUCCUCGAUCACCACGAUUGAGCUGAUCUUGGGGAAUAGCUGGACGGCACCCCCGCGGUCAUGGAUGGUGAAUCAGGGCCUAGGCCUCCAUGACAUGGUACUUACUCGCACGCUGAAGGUUUUCAUAGAAUGUGAUCCCUCACAGCCGGUCUUCGAGGGCUUUCGCAUCUCCAAGGAGUACUAUACCGAGUUCGCUGGGCGGCUGAUGCGGCAGAUCCUGGAACGGCUGCCUGGUCUGGUCCAGGUGGAAUUCGACGGAUACCCAUCGGUGCUCAAAGCCGGCUCUCUUAUGAGCCGGCUGCUGCAAGAAACGCGAGAUGCGCAGAAAAAAAUUCUUUGGGGCCCGGAGAGAGGCUGGACGGACAGCGAGGAUGACCAUGUCGAACCAGAACCUCAACUGCCCGACGCUGCCAUUGAUGGCCUGCGUGCUCAUCGUCCUGCUUGCGAUGUAGAUGUCGAGGCCUUGGCCGGUUCGCUUCAGACUGUGCAUUUGGAAAGCGAGUCUCUGCAGGUGGCCUCUUGA